AUCUAUCUAUCUAUCUAUCUAUCUAUCUAUCUAUCUAUCUAUCUAUCUAUCUAUCUAUCUAUCUAUCUAUCUAUCUAUCUAUCUAUCUAUCUAUCUAUCUAUCUAUCUAUCUAUCUAUCUAUCUAUCUAUCUAUCUAUCUAUCUAUCUAUCUAUCUAUCUAUCUAUCUAUCUAUCUAUCUAUCUAUCUAUCUAUCUAUCUAUCUAUCUAUCUAUCUAUCUAUCUAUCUAUCUAUCUAUCUAUCUAUCUAUCUAUCUAUCUAUCUAUCUAUCUAUCUAUCUAUCUAUCUAUCUAUCUAUCUAUCUAUCUAUCUAUCUAUCUAUCUAUCUAUCUAUCUAUCUAUCUAUCUAUCUAUCUAUCUAUCUAUCUAUCUAUCUAUCUAUCUAUCUAUCUAUCUAUCUAUCUAUCUAUCUAUCUAUCUAUCUAUCUAUCUAUCUAUCUAUCUAUCUAUCUAUCUAUCUAUCUAUCUAUCUAUCUAUCUAUCUAUCUAUCUAUCUAUCUAUCUAUCUAUCUAUCUAUCUAUCUAUCUAUCUAUCUAUCAUCUAUCUAUCUAUCUAUCUAUCUAUCUAUCAUCUAUAGCUAUUAUCUAUCUUUCAUCUGUCUGCUUAUCUAA